AUGAAUAAUAGUGCUAUUGAGCUUGACUGCAUGACCAUAUACAGGAAGGAGAAACAGAAGGUAUUUGAGGUCAUACAUCAUUUGGAUGGUAGAAUUAACCUUGCUGUUGGUAUAUGGGGUUCGCCUGAAAAUUCUGAGCAUAUGUGCCUGACGGCUAAUUAUAUUGAUUUUGAUUGGAGGCUACAGAAGAAGAUGCUCAACUUCAUAAAACUGGAUAUUUAUGGUAAUGAUGCUCCUCAUCAUGUGAAAGAAGUUUCUGAUGGUAUUAGGGAACUUUUCAUUGAGUACUCUAUUGGCUCAACUACUCUGGACAAAGAAUCAGCUAGGCCUGGGGGAAGCUUAGACAGUACUAGCAAUAGUAGUAGAGAUAAGCUUAAGGGCUUUGACAAGUUCUUAUAUGAAACCUCACAAAAUCAGAACACAACAUCAGAUCUGGACAAAUUUGAGAGAAGCUCUGAUAUGUGGCCAAGAUUGGUUACGUAUGGAGCCAGAAGCAACCGGCUUAUCCUGGAGCCAUUCUGCUCUGCCACUUUAUCUGGAAACAAGUUGACCUAUCCAUGGUAUGGUUUAGCAAAUUUAUUCUCUCUCUCUCUGCAGCAUGUAGUUGUAGCAGAAUUCCUGAAUGUACUUUUAAAAUUUAAAUCCAUUACUUUUGGAUGUCUUAGACGAGCCAGCUACGGGAAGUGGAAAUGGAAGCAGAUCAGUUUUGGUUUAAUUUGUUUGUUUGGAAAUUUCUUGAAAAGCAAUGUUAAUGUAGAUUAG